CCCGGUCAGAAUACCUGGUCGGGUAUUUAAGGUGGUCGGUCGGGGAUUGUUGAAGUGCACCGUCGAGGACAGGGGAUUAAUCCCCGGUCAAGGUCAAGAAUACCCGAUCGGGGAUUUAUGCUCAAUGCCCGGGCCCCCUUCUGCUUCUCAAACGCCCAAAAGUAAUUUUCCCCGGUCUGCUCAGAUUAAUACCCGGCCGGGUAUUUUUAAUCAUGGCCGGGUAUUUUGCUCCUACAGCACACUUCAACUCAAACGUGCUCCUUUCGACCCGAAACUCGUUUCUUCGCCUCGAUGCCAACGCCAAGCCCUGGAAUAUGACAUAAACACACAACCUACCGUGAAAUCGGCUUAAAACACGAGAAUCAAUAUCUCAAACGGCUCAAAAAUAGGGGUAAAAACAUGUGCAAUCAAUGGUUUAUCAACCAACAUGCAAUUUGGUGAUUAAUUUAGAGGAAUGAGAUUGGAAUAGAUUGAAUGGUUAACUCCCUGAUGAGAUCUUGUCUCUCCUUGAAGGUACUGAAACUCCAAAGAUAGAUCCGAGAGAAUACACGACAGUUUGGAGAAUUGAACAUAUGGACGUUUUCGAAUGAGAUUAGCAUACAACCUGGCGACAAAUGAGCUGGACAUAUCUCAAAAUGGGACUGAAAGUAGUUAUGGAAAUGGAAGGCUCAAAUUAGGAUCAAACACUUCUUAUGGCUAGCUAUGCAUGAACCAGUGCUCACAAACCAAGAGAAACUUUGAAAAAGCUAACAAGUGAUGGCAACUUCAAGCACUAAAAUGGCUGAGGAGACAACUGAACACAUUCUUCUACAUUGUAGGAGAAUGAAGGAGCGUGAAUGCUUCUUAAACAUUAUGGGAGAAUGCUUUUUCCAUUAACAUCGGUGCAUGUUCAAUUACCAUAGCGGAACUGAAAGUAACUGAAGUGGGAUUAACCACAAUGUGGAGCGCAGAUACAAAAGAGUUUGCCUCUGUAUUGACCAACAACAACUAUUAGAAUAAGCCAAAACAUACAUGACAUCGAUCAUAGACAUGGGAUAUCAAUUCGGGAAAUCAACCAACUUCUAUCUGUUAAUUGACAAGUCUCUAUAUCCCGCACUUAUAGGGAAUGUAAUUUCGUAGCUGAUGUCCUUACUAACAAAUGACACAAACUUCAUUUUUUCAUUCAUCUUAUCGAUGUGUGUGAUCUAUAAUUGAACUACUGGACUAUUUAUGAUGUAAUGGUUAUAUUCCUAAAACGUGUGAUCAUUAAUACGAGAUAAGAUACCCUUAGAUGUCAGUCUUUUACAACAACAACAACAACAAAAAACCCAACGAUGCAGUUCGUAGAGACGGGCAAUAUUGAAUUAGGGUUAUGGUUUAAAUUCCUAUUGGGCCUGAUUCUAAUUGAUCCGAGCUUUUGCUUGGGCUUUUCUCUAAGCUCGAUUUCAUUUGAGACCAACAAUAUUUUAAAAGGCCCUGAUUGGGAAACGAGUUUUAGCGCCCUGAUGAUCUGUGUUGGAUAAUGGAUACUAUCUGCUCCGUCAGGACAGUGCUGUAGCAGAAGAAAUUGGCUACGAUGAACCCCAAAAACCCUAGAAAAUGGCGGUUCACAUGGGAAGCUCAAUCUCACGCCCCGAACCUAAAGCUGUUCGUCUUCGAUGCGCAUUCCAGACCUUCUAAAGAUUGCCAUAAUCUCUCCGUGAAUCUGAAGCUCUCACAGUCCCACGUUCUUGUGAGCUGGACGGAGGAGGACGGCGGCGGGAAUGUCUCACUGAAGAUUCCGAUUCCCAAGGUCCUGAUCGACCCCGAGGUUCCUGUUAGCUUCAGAGCUUUGCACGACCACAUUGAAGUUAAAGUGGUGCUUCUCCUUCCAGUUGAUCAUCCCAUUGUAUCGAGCUUUGAUUCCGUGCUUAAUUUGAGCGACGAUGGUGGAGUUAUGGAUGGAAUAAACCCCCUCGUUAUGAAUUCUGACUUGAAGAGUUUGUCAUCAACCCAAGGAGCAAACUUUUACUGCAGACGGUGCUCUGCAAAAUUGACGAAAAAAGCCAUUAGGAAUUUCGAGGAAAUGCCAUCAGUUAAUUGGAGAGAAGUUGCUGAUAACUGGUUUGGAGGCUGUUGCUGUUCAUAUGGAGGUGCAGGUGAGGUGUUGGUGAAUAGCUUUGCUGAUGGCUAUGGUUGCAGAAAAGGUGUGGGUUUGUUGAGCUCUCCCGCUGUUAUUCUGUGCAUGGAUGAUAUCCUGGGGUGUGAGCCAAGGCAUCAACCUUUAGAUAGGGGUGGUGGCUUGAGUAGAGAGCUGGAUGAUAAUGGAACUGAUCAUGCAAGUGUGGAUGAGAAUCAAAGUGAACUGGUGGGGGAUUCUCCAACACUCUCUAGAGAUGAUCAGUUAUCUGGUGGAUCAACUACUAGGAAUAUGUCGGAAAGUGCGACUUGCUGUGAUUCAAAAUGCCAUGGGCAUGAGGGGCUUGAACCUUCCAAAGUGGACGUUGAAGCUACAAGAGCAACAAAGUUCACAGAAGAUCAGAAGUCAUUCUUGAAUGGUUUUCUUGGAGAUGCUUUCAUGGUUAGAUCCUACAGCCGUUCUGUGGAUAUAGAGUGGAAAGAAUUCUUUUGCCCUCAGUGUUCAUCUCUUCUUGGAGCCUAUCCCAGCACUACUAGUGGGCAUAUCCCUAUAGAUAACGGUAUCCGGCUCUUCAAGUGUUACAUCUCUAGUUGCUUGCCGGUUUGUGCGCCAAGUGACAUUUUCAGGAGGUAUACAUUGGAAAAGAUGUUCACGAAUAUGCUAGUCGAAAAUGCGAAAGAUGAAUUAUCAUAUAGGACUGUUGUAAGGGAUUUGGCCACCAGAUCCCCGAUGCUGCAAGUUGUUUUGUUAAAUCUGAAUUCAUGGUGCUGCACUGGCAUUUGCUGGGAUGAUCGAAGCCCUGUGGAACCAGUUUUAAAGUUGAAUCUAAAACCCAUUAUCAAAGUCCUGUUUUCCAGUUCUAUCAAAACUACUGAAUCUUCUGUAAGGUUGCUCGAAGAUUGGAUGGUCAAGCAUGCAGCAGAAGAAGCUUUUGUCAUACAACCUCUAAUUCACGAGCUUGUGGAAACCAUGGAAUCUUCCAAGCAUAAUCUUCCAUCUUCUCCCAUCCAAGUUGAAAAUAUGUCCUUGGCAACCCUCUUAAGAUAGCCCUGCGCCUCUCCAGUUUUCCUGGACGAUGUUCAGUUCCAUUAAUUGUAGUUGUAGCUUAAGGAUCAAAUCCUUGAGGAUAGACUGUAGAGAAUGUAUUUGCAAUAGCAUGAAACUGGCCGGAGAAAUGGUGCAGUUGUUUCGCAGUGUCAAUACAACAGAGAAGAUUGGAAAGAUGGGGGAAAAGAACUUCUGAACUAUAGUUCACUUUCUGUAUUACAGCAUCUGAAAUGCUAGAGUGUUCAACACGUCAAUAACAGAGUUAAAUUGAA